AUGGAAGCAACAAUUGCCGAACUCCUGGAGACUGCCCAAAGGCACAUUUUUGCCCCCAAGGCCGCCGAAGCUAUGCAUGUUCUCGCGCUGGAUGAAAACUCCCCGGGGGAUCUUACAACCCUUGUGCGUGCAAUUUCCCUGACUGCCCUGAUGGCCGGGCUGAAGGAGCUUGCAAAGCCUGAAGUGGCGUCAGAGUACGGCAUUGCCGAAGCCUUACCUAAGUACUGGGGGGUCAUGGCACCGGCCGGCCGGGAACCUGAGGAAGUUUUGGUUGCAGUUGUCGAGGGCGUCGGAAUGCCACCCGAGAUGCCAGCACCGAUCAGGACGGAAAUUCGACCGCCGGCGGCCACGCAGGACGACGGCAGCCCCCAAGGCCUUUUGAGCCCCGAAACCGUCCUCGAUGCUAUUAUGACACGCCAGGGGGAGAUGGGCCCAAUCAUCGCCGAGCAGAUGAAGGUGUCGGCGGAACAACUGCGGCAAGUGGAAGAAAAGCUGCAAGUAGCAACUCUGCGGGACAAGGUAACCUGCCAUGCUCAACAAAUCAACCUUGCUGUAUUGCCGGAGCUCCUCGAACCUGGGUUUCUCGGGAGGGAGCACAUGCCGAAGGACUUGACGACGGAGGGGCUGGAGUGGCUGGAGCGGCUUAGUGAUUCCAUGCACACGAUGAACGUUUACAUCGCGGCGGAGAUAGAGUUUUGGACGGCAGCAGCAGAGGCCAACGAGCGCGAGCUGGCUGUAUGCCGCCGCGUCGCAGGUACAUAG